ACGUCAUAAUUCUGCGACAAUAAUGUAAUUACCGGCGCGGACAAAGUGCAUCAAGUAGUGAAAGGUCUGAAAGCGUUUUUUCCUUUUGCCGAUGAGCUCACUAGUGAAGUAGUGGUUAGUGAACCACUCGGGGAUUUUGAACGCAGCACCUUUUAUCUCAUUUGUUGACGUGGAAUUUACGGUUUUCCAAUGAACAAUAAAAAGGUCAGUGGCGUGUCGUGGGUGAAACCAGCGGAACCCUCCUUUCUGAGGAAGUUUAAAAAUGAUGUUGGAUACAAAGACGGACCGACCGUUGAUACAAAGCCAGCGCUGCUGCGGGUUCUGCUCCAAUGGCUGCUGCAGCUCCAAGAGCCACCGUGACAAGAACAUUCCAAAGGACCAUCUUCAUCGCUGAACUUGUAGAUGGCAAGUUGGAGACAAGCCAAACGCUAACAGUGCGUUUUUCUGAAUUUGAGGCUUAUGUUAUGGGCAUCAUGAGUAAUGUCAAUGAUGCCCUUGAACAAGAGGACUCACUCAUCCUCACUGACAGCCAGGGAAAACAAUCGUGGACUCUGAAGGAACCAGAGCGUCACGUGAUGCCAGCACUGGAUGAUGACAGUGGGAGCGAUCGAGAGGAUGAGCUACCUCAAGUUGUGGUCCUUAAGGGUGGAGACCUGACGGCAGAAGAGGUGAAGAAGAUCAACGCUGAAAUGCAUACUGGUGGUGGUAGUGCAGAGAAGGACGAUGGACCUCCUCCUGGCGGUAAAAUCUUUUUCAAGAAACCAGCCAAGCGCUCGUCCUCAGACAAAUUCCAGGGGCUCACUUCCAGCUCCAGCAAGAAGAAGAAGAGUGAUGAAGGGGAGAAGAAGGAGAUGAAAUCUGGAAAGAAAGUAAAGAAUAAUAGUCUUCUGUCAUUUGGAGGGGAUGAGGAGAAAGACGAGGACUGAAAGACUUGUCAUUGCAACAGAUUAGUCAAGGAAGUAUAGAGGCUGACCAAUGAGGAUUUUUGGGGUCAAUGUCAGUAUAUCAACAGAUGUCUGUCUGUCAUUCCUAAGAUGUCAUUUUUCAACCCUUAUGACAAAGAAAUGGAUUUCGUAUUAUACAUUUUUACCAUAAAUUUGAUAAUAGAAAAACUAAACUACCAUCAAAUAUGCUAAACUGUAAUUAAGACAAUAAACAUUUUUUACUUAUAAAAUGUGAUCAUAAAUCCACAAUUUUCCCACAUUAAUCAGCAAACAAACACUGAUCAUGAUAAGUAUGUGAAAGGCUCAUCACAAUUUUUAUUGGUCAACUGAUAACUGGUUGGGCUCUACUUAAGUGAAAAUUGAGAGCAGAGUUGACAGAUGGCUGGAGUUCAUCCAAAGUAUGCAUCUUUUUCUCAGCACUGUGAAAACAACUGGUCUGGUCUGUCUGUUUGAUGUAACAUUUUCUGAUCAUUUUUAAAAGCAACUUUCAGAGACACAAAUGACUUAAUGUAAACAAUUUCACACAAGGAAGAAUUUCAUGCCCUUUGAACCUUUUGAAUCAGUCAUAUUAUUGAUGUGUGAGAGUAUAGUUUUGUGCAAGAUUUUUCCAACUGAACUUGGUGCAAUCAGGGACCAUUGGACAUCCACAAAUUGCUUGCCUUUUAAACAAAAACAGCUGGGAAAGCAGCAGAGUGAAGCUGCUCUAAUCACCUGGUAGGGUCUCUCCAUAGACCGUAUAUUAAGAUUGAUGAUGCAUCUCCAGUUGUUUUCAAAUGAUGCAACAUAAUUUGAUAAAAGGGAACCAGGUAAUAUAGGUAGAUAACCUGGUUGAUAACUGGUAAUUAAAUAUAUUUAAUGAAAUGAAAAAAAAAAUCCACUAUUUUAUGUUAGCAUAAUAUUGAACAACUUUCUGGUAGAAUCCAUUUUUGUGCAUUUCACUUUGAGAAAGAGUAAAGUGACAGGACGUCUUGUCAUGUGGAUCUGACAGAGCCAUAUAAUCACCUGCUGUACAGAUCCAGGAGACACUGAACAGACACUUGCCAUUUGAAGGUGGAAAACCUGCUUCUCAAACAUUGAGAUAAUUUUGUUGCUUUGUGUCUGAAUCCUUCUCACUUGUUGUCAAGAAUGGUGUCAUCAGAAUAGUGAUAUUAUUCACAAGUGCCAUGUGGGAAGUGCUCAUUGUUAAGUUUCUGAUACAUUUAAUGUUCUAUUGAAUGUAUGAAUACAUGGGGUGGCACUGUAUGAAUGUGUGUGUGAAUGGGUGUAUGGCAAUAAACUGUACUGCAAAGUGCUUUGAGUGGUCUUCAAGACUAGAAAAGCGCUAUAUAAAUACAGACCAUUACCAUAUCCUGGCUUUGACAAAGGAGCUGCAACACUUUGUGUAGAAAUGAUGCAUUCUUGCCAAUGCCAUUUUGAAAUUUUAAUUUGUUAUUGAGAAUGUUUGUGGCUGUAAUGUUUUAAAUGUGAAACAUAAACAUUUGUACCAGUAAA